CUCACGGGUGAGGGCAGGGACACUGGCGGGCAGCAAGGAGAACACAUUCUGGGGCUGUCUGCAUCCUGGCCUUUCCGAGGGCCUGUUUGUCCCUGGACCCAGCCCUGGCACGCCUGUAGGCAUUCCUGUUCCUUCUACGCCCAGGUCUUUGCUGUCUCCGUCCCCACUGGGUGACUCUCAGGCUGCACGCGGCUGUAGCGCACUCUGCAGAGCGCCUGGCAUCACCAGCCCCACAUGGCUGGGAGGAGGUCGUCAGGCAGGCAGCCGCUGCUGCUGGGGCUGCUCCUGUCUGUGGCCGCUGUCCACCUGCUCGUCUGUCCCUACACCAAGGUGGAGGAGAGCUUCAACUUACAGGCUGCACACGACCUGCUGUUCCACCGGCUGGCUGUGGACAAGUUUGACCACCUCGAGUUCCCGGGGGUUGUGCCCAGGACCUUCUUGGGGCCACUGCUGCUGGCAGCGCUGGCCAGCCCUGUGGUCUGGGUGCUGUCCCUGUUGGAGGCGUCCAAGUUCUACUCCCAGCUCGUAGUUAGAGGAGUGCUUGGACUUGGCGUGAUCGCGGGCCUCUGGUUGCUGCAGAAGGAAGUGAGGCGGCAGUUCGGGGCUGUGGUGGCCACCAUGUUCUGCUGGGUGACGGCCUCUCAGUUCCACCUGAUGUUCUACUGCACACGGACGCUGCCCAACGUGCUGGCCCUGGCUGUGGUCCUGCCAGCCCUCACUGCCUGGCUGCAGCAUAGGUGGGCCCGUUUCAUCUGGCUCUCGGCCUUCGCCAUCAUCGUCUUCAGGGCGGAGCUGUGCCUGUUCCUGGGCCUCCUGCUGCUGCUGGCCCUGCGCACUAGGAAGCUGUCUGUGGCCAGACUGCUCCAGCACGCGGUCCCCGCCGGCUGCCUCUGCUUAGGACUCACGGUUGCCGUGGACUCCUAUUUCUGGCAACACUGGGUCUGGCCGGAGGGCGAGGUGCUCUGGUACAACACCGUCCUGAACAAAAGUUCCAACUGGGGAACUGCCCCGUUCCUGUGGUACUUCUACUCCGCCUUGCCCCGCGGCCUGGGCUGCAGCCUGCUGCUCGUGCCGCUGGGCAUGGUGGACAGGAGGGCCCGGCUGCUGGCUCUGCCCAGCCUGGGCUUCGUGGCGCUGUACUCACUGCUGCCACACAAGGAGCUGCGCUUCAUCCUCUACACCUUCCCCGUGCUCAACAUCGUGGCCGCCAGAGGCUGCGUCCAUCUGCUCAACAAUUACAGGAAGUCUUGGCUGUACAAGGCAGGGUCCCUGCUUGUGAUCGGACACCUCGUGCUCAACGCCACAUACACAGCCACGUCCCUCCACGUUUCCCACUUCAACUAUCCUGGUGGGGUCGCGAUGCAGCGGCUGCAUGAGCUGGUGCCCCCCAGGACAGGUGUCCGUCUGCACAUCAGUGUGGCUGCCGCCCAGACGGGUGUCUCGCGGUUCCUACAGGUCAACAGCGCCUGGAGCUACGACAAGAGGGAAGAUGUGUGGCCAGGGGAGAUGGGCAUGCUGACCUACACCCACCUGCUCAUGGAGGCCGUCCCCGAGCACCUGGCCCUCUACAGAGACACACACCGCAUCCUGGAGCACAUCCUGGGUACCACAGGUGUGAGCCUGAACCUGACCAAGCUGCCCCCUCUGGAUGUGAACCUGCAGCCAAAGCUGGUGCUUCUGGAGCGGCUGCCCAGGCCGUCCUGAGGGGGCACAGGGUACCUGUGCCACAACCAGAACACAGAGCCAUGUGCCCAGCUCUGGCAUCUGCCCGUCACUGCAGGGCUGGGGUCUGUGUACACAGCUGUGUGGCCAGGGCAGAGGACCGGGUCACUCACCAUCUGU